AUGGGCACGUCUGUCUGUCUUGCCAACGAACGGGCACCUCUGGCGAACCGAAAGGCAAGGCGCAGAACAAAGUCUCUUCCUGAGAAGCGCCAUGAUCUCAUCCGUUCCUUAUUGCGCAGGCCCGAGGGGACCCCUUUCGAGGACGGAACUUUCAAACUCACAAUAGAAUUCACAGAAGAAUAUCCGAAUAAGCCACCUACUGUUCGAUUUGUCUCUAAAAUGUUUCAUCCCAAUGUCUAUGCAGAUGGUAGUAUAUGUCUGGAUAUUCUUCAGAAUCGUUGGAGUCCUACUUACGAUGUCUCCUCCAUCUUAACAUCCAUACAGUCUCUAUUGGAUGAGCCAAAUCCUAACAGUCCAGCAAACAGCCAGGCAGCUCAGCUAUACCAAGAGAAUAAGCGGGAAUAUGAAAAACGGGUUUCUGCAAUAGUAGAACAGAGCUGGCGUGACUGUUGACCCAGGAUGAUGCAAAUGAACACUCUGUUGAUGAGGAAAAUAAACAAAGUGUCCGAGUCAUCUUUUUCCUCCUAGCAUUUACUUUGAAAGCAGAAUAGCUGUUGUGCUGUUGCCACCCUCCCUUGCUGAAGCUUCUUCUCCUUGGACAUCAGAAAGCACCCACUUUGAAGUCAAGUGUUCUGUACUUGGGUUACUUGCAAAAGAGUUACUGAUGCUGAAUUCAUUUUCUGUGGUCCCUCUCCAGUCUUAGGGCAGUAUUGUGCAUUUCUGUAGUGUACACUAAGCUUUUAAUUGUAAUUGUGUUAUACACAGUGAUGCUUAUGUGUAGCUUGAUAAAAGGGAUGUUUAUAUACAUACACAUUUUUUAACUGAUAUUAACUAAAGUGCUGAUGUGUCCAGGCUGGUCAUUUACCUCUAUUGGUUUAGACCCCACUGCAUUUGUAAGUACUGAGUGAAGAAAUAACCUCUCGUUUCCCUUUUGUAUUGGUUUAUCAACUCCUUACUCAUGGAAAAAAACCCAACUCUUAAAUUGAUUCCUAUUCAAACAUUUAGUAAGACUGUGGAAUGCUAGUUACUUCUGCACUUCACAUGCAAGAUUUAUGUACAGAUAUACAUAAAUCUCUACAGUUGUGGUAUUUUGAUCUUUGCUGAGGGUGAGAAACAACCCCCCCCUUUUUUUUUAUUAUUUUAUUUUAAAGGACAUGCCUACAGAGACUGCUUCAAUAAGUUUCUAUAGUCCUGUCACUAAGGCAUUACUGGACAAAACCAGGUAGAGCUGUGGUACUCUGAGCAAAAGUCCUUCCACAUUAAGGAAGAGGUAAAACCUGAAGUGUUCCAGUGGUGGAAUUACUCUCCUUCAGCGUCGUUUUCCUGCCCCUUAUCUUUAGCUGAGAAAGAUAAGUUCUUUGGGAUCCAACUUAGCCUUGUGGAAAGUUUGAAUAAAGUACGGGGUAGGCACUUGAGUCUCUGCAGUUUCUGCUCUUUGUAGAUGACUGUGUGGUUUGUGUGAGCUACUGCUGCAUGCUUGGGUUAGUUUCCCUUCAGUUUUAUGAAAGUAUUUUUUCAACUGAAAAAAACAUUUGUAAGUCCAGACUCACUUUUUUUGUAAGGCUAAGUUUGUACAUUUGGAUACAGUACCUUAAGCAGCAGUGUGGGAUGAAACCUACAAUUGUGUUGUCCACUGUUCCAGUGUCUUUUGUGUGCACAUUGGUCUGUUAGUUGAGAAGUUUAACUUUGCACAAGUAACCCAUGUAAGAAACUGUACAUUUUUCAAAAGUUGUAAAUAAAGUGUAACCUUAGUGCUUAUUGUAUAAAUAGGCAA